UAUGCUGUUUUUCAAUUUAUAUUGUAAGCGAAUAGGGACAUUCGACAAUGAAACCUUAAAAACGUAAUGACACAAAUCCCAUAUUAAAUUCCUUAGACAAACAUGAACAAGAAGAGGUGAAAACAGGAAUAAUUGGACCAAGACUCCAUCGCGCCAAAUAUGGCAGAGGAGAAGAAAAAAGAUGGCAACGCACUUUUAGGGAAAAAGAAGAAAAUAAAGCCAAGAAAAUCAAGAGACGCUGAUUGCUGCAGCGUGAACUUCUUGAAAUGCGUACUUCAUAUCUUCAACGUAGUAUUUUUGUUCGCAGGUAUAGGCGUGCUAGCGGUAGGGGCAUGGACCGUGGCGUCUCGACACAGAUUCGUGGCGCUCCUCCCGACGCCGACUUAUCCAGCCAUCGCGUACCUUCUCAUCAUUGGUGGAGGCUUAGGCAUACCUCUAUGCGCUCUAGGCUGCUGCGGCCUCAAGACUGAAAACAGAACCAGUUUGUUAUGUUACACAUACUUCCUGCUGAUAACCUUCGUACUGGAAGCUGGUGCGGGUGGACUGGCCUACUACUACGAGGUGGCCGUGGAAGACGAGCUCAGGGCCGAGCUCAAUAACACUUUCCUAUCCAACUACGCGCUGGAUGCUAUCAUCACUGAUGCCGUAGACCUGAUGCAGACUGAGUUCAAAUGCUGCGGCGCGGUGCGAUACAACGACUGGCGGCGGAGCGCGUGGCACGAGCACGACCCGAGGCUACUCGUGCCCGACUCGUGCUGCAAGACUGUGGCCACGCGCUGCGGUACUAGGGACCACCCUUCUAAUAUCUACUAUAUGGGCUGCAUACGCCACUUCACGAACCACAUACGAGACCACCUGAUAAUCCUGGCCGCAGUAGGCGUGGGUAUGUCAGUCAUACCUAUAUUCGGGUUCCUAUUCUCCUGCGUGCUCUACGUGAAAAUCAAGCACGUGAUCGACUGACCUCGGCCCAAGCCGUCGGCCGGGAACCGCAAAGUGUUCGACAAGUCCGCGUCGGCCGGCGACUUGACCAAAUACCAGGCGCCCGUUCAUAGGAAUAAGCCCCGCCCACCUAGCAAGCGGGCCAAGCGACCGCCCUGCCCUCUACAUCAUAAAGAAAAGGAGCACAUCGCGCCUAUUUCAACUAUUAGUGAUAACGUCAGCAUAUAAUAGCUAGUUUGGAAAUUCAGAGUUGGAUUUUCCGCGCGAUUACUUUUAGCUAUGAAAGAAUUGGAUGCGCGAGAAUUAUUGUGAGUUCUUGCUCUUGAGUUAGAUAGAAUUUGACGUUAUUUUGAACUAUAAUUAAUUAUGUAUGAGUCCUACCGGGUAGUUGUUUAUGGUUCGAAUAACAAAUCUCAAACUUGAAUUAAAAACUCAACUGUAAAUAAAUAAUUAAGUGAGAAGUAAUUGCAAUAGUAAUGCAAAUGGCGCCAAAUACCACCAGCUCACCGCGGGGCUACACAAGUGGACUCUUAAAUUACAUUAAAAAUAAUAAAUACCUAUAUUUAUGUGUCUGCACCUUCGUUGUUAUGGCGUUCGUUAUAUUAAUGUUUAAAUCACAAGUUAUAAAUCACAUUACUUUUCACUUUAUCCACAGUCUUCCUAUUCUCACAGACACAGCAUAUUUAUUUAUAAAGAAAUCUCAAUAUCUCUAACUAAAUAGAUCAUAAUAUAAUUUCAUGUGUUCAUGGUUACACUAUGUAUAGAAAAUAAAAUGUUCAUGUCUAGUUCGUAGCUAAGUAGUACAUGACCGAAUUUAUAUCAAAAUGUAUCUAAGUCAUACGUUUGAAAAUAAUAACUACGUUAGAAGAGUUGUUAGAAAUAUUUUAAGAUGGUGCUAUAUUUUGUUAACUGUACCGUAGGCCAUUGUGUACUUAACACCGUAGAGACAUCUAUUAAGGGUAGUUUAAGAAUUAACAAAAUGUGUCCGAACAUCCAUUUCAAUAGAAAAUAUGUAUGUUUACUUCCAGUGUAUGUAAUUUCACAGCUUAAAUAUCAUUAAUAUUAACCGCUUGAGUCCCAGACGGAAUUAAUUAAUGUCAUAACAAUUGAUUAUCUAUUGUGUCUAGAUUCGCGGAUCUUGAAGGAUUAACUUAUAAAUCCUGGCUGACAUUUGACUAUAAUUCAUCAUGAAAUGUAUUAAAAAAAUUACAAGCCAGUAACUACAAAUAAUAUAAAAAAAUUUUUUUAAAAUUCGAAUAUCCAUCGGUAACGGUAUCAAGUAUCAACAUUCAUGGACACACUUUUUAGGUCAUAAAGUUGCCGAAGGCAAAAACAGGUGGCGUAUCAGUUCUAAAUUAUGUAAAUGUAACCAAAUGUUGUUAUCUUGAACUUAUGGCAUAAAAUACAAUGUUCAUUAUUCAUUGCACAAAAAGUUUACUCUGAUAAUUUACUCAUCCAGUAGCUAUAGAAUUAUAUCAAAUAUUACUUAUGAGUGUCAAGGUGCCCAUGCUGUCACUUGUUUAAAGGAAGAGGUGAAUACUAAAAUAAACAUUUACAUAAACUUGUAAUUUGGCGAGAGGCGGAUCAGGUCUUUAUAUUUGAGGUAUUUUAUCGAUAAAAUUGUCCUUUGAUUUAUAGUUUAGCUCUUAUAGUUUGAAUACUACUCUCCCGGACAUUGUAUACCACCAGCGGGGAAUGCCCGAAAAUGUCUAGUCUCGUACGUCACUCUCACUAUGUAAGCAGCGCACUAAAUAUUUCUUAAUGACCUUUAAUUUCCGGUGAUAUUUAAUUUAAUUAAGAACAUUGCAUUUUAUGCCAUUAAGCCUCAAGUCGUAGAAAUAAUUAAUGUGUGUUUAACAAAACUAUACCUAAGCUAUAUUGUGCCUUAUAAUUAUUAAGAUCGUAGGUUAAUGAAACGCUGCAAGUCUUAGCUUAUAAAUUCUAUCGUUUAAUUUUGUAGGGUUCCGUAUUUUAAAUUACUUCUACGUAAAAAAAAAUAACGCCUGUUUCUUAUUUAAUUAUGCUCCUACGUCCAUAAAAUCAAAUUAUGGGUAUAAAAUUAAAUAUUCAUAUUCAUUAAUGGAAUGAUGUGGGUUUUUAUGCUUUUACAGAAAAUUGGUUUUAUAUUACCAGAUUGUUGUUUAUUUAAAUAAAAAGCGAACUUUGAGAGACCAAACUUACCUUUUUAGGGUUCCGUAGUCCUGACAAGGAACCCUUAUUUCAUUUCACUUUCUUAAUUUCAAAAUAUCAUGUUUAAAAUGUUUUGAUUAAUAAGUCUUAACAUUCAAGGAAAAAUAACUAUUAUUGUGUUUUUAUUCCAUUUCUAUAAAAUAACAAUAAAAACCGGCCUUGAAUCGACCUUAGAAGUGGAUUCGUUCCGCUCAUUCCAUGAUUCUUUAUGUUUUAUUUGGGUGGGAACUACAAGUUCGUUGUGUCGUUGACUUUUAUUGUACCUACUCGUAUGUGUUGCUACUUGCUGUAAAAUUUAGUGUUGUUUUUUGUUACACGACAUAGCACUUAAAAUGGGGUUUUAACCUUUCUUCAGUGACAAACUAUUUUCUGCACUUCAAAAUGUUGACUGACCCUUUUCACACUUACCUAAAAUAAUUGUAAGAAAAUAAUCUGACGCAGUUGAGUAAAAAAAAAGCAUACAAAGGGAGAGGACAGAUUUAUACAAAAGAUGUACAUAGUGUUAUUUCCCGUUUUAAAAUCAUGAUUAAAAAAAUUAUGAAACGAACAACUACUAUGAAGUCAUUUAAUACGGAACCCAUUUAUAUUUACUUUUAAUUAGAUAAAUGAAUUAUUUUGCACUUGUCAUCUUAAUUAACAUCACUUAAGUGUUAUAAUAAUCUAAACCAAAUAUUCAGUUUAAUUCAUUUAUAUAGGCUACAUGCAUAGUUUACUUUUAACUGAGUUAUGAAGAAAAUAAUUUCAUUUUACCUAA